AGGUGCUUGCAGUAUAAAAAAUUUAGAAACCAUAGUACUAUAAUGAGGCCAAAUUAAGCUUCUCUCUAGUUAGCACAUCUCAGUUACACUAAAGUUAAUUUGAUAAUACUUAAAUUAAACAUGGGUGAUCAUGAACUUGAGAUUAAGUAUGACGACGAGGCCAAAAAAUCACCCUUUGGCCAAGUAUUCUUGAAGCUCUACAGCCCGAAUUCGGAGGCGGUAAUCCACUGCGCCAUGGUCGUAAGGGAUCCAAUUGAUGUCGAAAGCCUUAAGAAUACAAUCUCAAAUUCUAUGAUGAUGAAACACCCAAGAUUUUGUAGUCUCUGGGUAAGAAAAGAUAACCAGUGGAAAAGAACUCAUGUCAACAUUGAUGAUCACAUUAUUGUUCACGAUACGAUCGAAGAUGACGAUAACGAUGACGAAGAAGCCGCAAUCAAUUCAUUCUUAGCUGAAAUAUCGGUGUGUACACCAUUAAGUGAAUCCAAGCCAUUGUGGGAAGUACAUGUAUUGACUGGUUUGAAAUGUGUGGUGUUAAGGGUUCACCAUUCUGUAGGUGAUGGGGUUUCUUUGAUGUCUAUGCUUUCUGCUUGUUUUGGUAAAACGACGCCGGUUUCGGAAACCGGAAAUGGAGUUGAUGAUGCUAGCCAUGGGAAGAAAGAUGGGGAAAAGCAUGGAGUAUGGGGGUUAGUGAAGAGAAAAUGGUUUACAUUUUUGUUGUUGUUGUUUAGGGUUUUAGGAAGGGUAUUAUGGUUAAUUAAAGACAAGGUUAGUGUGCUAAGUGGUGGUCAUGGGGUAGAGAUUUUGCCAAGGAAAUUGGUUACUGCCAAGUUUUUGAUGGAAGACUUCAAGUCUAUCAAGCAAGCCAUCCCUAAAGCAACGAUUAACGAUGUGCUCUUAGGGAUCAUAUCGUCGGGAUUUUCAAAGUACCUUAGUAUCAAAUCAUCAAACGCUGUGCAGCAAGCUUUUCAAUUAACUGCUAUUAUUGCGGUCAAUCUACGGAAAGACUUUAUUAUUCAGGACAUUUCAGAUUUGAUGAUAACCGGAUCUAGAUCGAGAUCCGAACUAUCUGGAUGGGGAAACAAAACAAUGGUAGUAUUCCUCCCAAUUAAUUGUUGUAAUGGGCUUCAUCCUUUGGAACAUGUAAGGGCAAUGAAGGCAGCUAUGGACAAAAAGAAGCAAUCCUUUGAGGCUCAUCUCAUGUAUAGAAUAAGCAACUUUGUAGUUUCCUGUUUCGGCCCCAAGGUGGGCAGUUGGUGUUGUCGCAGAUUAGAAGGUAGUACAACGUUGGUUAUCUCAAACAUUAGGGGUCCUUCAGAAGAAAUAGUAAUUGGUGACAACCCUGUAACCAACAUAAAAGUGAAUGUUUCAAGCACAUCUCAGGCGAUUAUGAUGCACAUGGUGAGUUAUGCAGGACAAGUAAAUCUACAGGUGAUAGUGGCUAAAGAUAUCAUCCCCGAUCCAGAAUUAUUAGUCAAGUGUUUUCAAGACUCGUUUCUGGAAAUGAAGAGUUUCAUUGAUAUAAGCCAAGUUUAAAUCUUUUUUUGUUACAUACCUUUUGCGUCGUGAGGGUGUGAGACGAGUUAAAUUACGAAAUGUGAUUGUCUAUGUACAAAAUUAAUUAGAACUAUCGUACGUGCAAGAGGCCCAUGAUCUAGCAAUGAAAUGGGCAGGGAGGGAUUAAUUUAUUAAUUAUGCUGUUUAUACAGUUGUAAAACAAACUCACUAGUUGUUGUAAGGAAAAUACAAUGAACACUUGUUAAACUGUAA